AUGAUUGCAGACAAAGUGUCAUCAAGUGCUAAGUGUGGUGAAUGCAUAGAACUAUCAAUUCUGGGAUAUUCAUUGAUAAUGCAGAAACGAGACGUAAUCCUUACUGCUGUCUUCUCAAGUCUCGCUGCUUUGAUAUUGGUAGCAGGCAUUAGCGCUGCUUGCUACUUCUUUCAUAAAAGAAGGCGCAAGCGGGACGAGGAAGAAGAAGAUUCCCAAGAAGUUACUUGCCGAAAGAUGGAGGAAGGACAAGAGAAGAAAUCCAGGAUUAAUGGAUUCUUGACGCUCAAGACACCACUGAUUUCGACAAAGACUUUAGGGGACACUUUAGAGGUUCAUCACAAUCCAGAUUUCGAAAUAAAUAGUUACCCACAAGUGGAUAUUAACGAAGAAGGUGUUGAACGAAAAGACAGACGGGACCAUCUUAUUUUACGAUCUUCACUACAAUUGGUAUCGUACUCUAGCAGUGAAGAUUUUUCUUACGAUGAUUCAAUUACUUAUUAUCUGCAACAUGGAAGAAAUGGGUCGAUUACAGAUUUAGCUUUAAUUACAGAUUUAGAUGAAAGGUCACUAAAAGACACUACUGCGAAAGCUCCUAUUCGGUUAGGAUUAAUACCAGAAGAAACUCAUUUGUGGUACCAAAACUUACCCAUUUCUACUACAGAUACAAUCGAAAGACGUCCAAAACCGGAUGUGUAUGAAGAUUCUACAGAUGAAUAA